ACAUACAAGUCAGCAUUUUUUCUCAUAAUGGUCUGCUUUUUUCCAUGUUUUAGCGCUAAUAAGCAUCGAAAGCACAAGCGUUUGGCCAAUACAAAUCACUAUAGAGACCUUAGACAUGAUGAGGUUAGCGCAGUUCUUCAAGUGACUGAAUGGAUUAAGCAAGCAGAAACUAAGAAACCCAUUUCAGAAUCAAAGGAGAAGCUUGAGGAGCCAAACAGUGGUAGUACUGAAAGAGAAGUUAGUUUUGAUUUGAAUGUUAAAACUAAUGAGGAAGUUAAUGUUAAUGAUAAUUUAGUUAAAACCAGUAAGGAGAAGGAAGAGGGUGAGGAAGUUCAUGUUUUUGAUAAUUUAGUCGAAAACAAGGAGAAGGAAGGGAGUGAAAAGAGAGAGGAUCCAACAAAAGAAAUCAAGUUAGAUUCUGAUUCAAUUACCCCAAUUGAAAUACCUCAUGUUUCAAAUCAUAGAUACCAAAAUUGUGCAAGUAGUGAGGAAGAAAUUGAAGAUUUAGACUUUGAAGAAUGUGAAGUAGAUGAUGUUAACAGUGAUGGUGAUGACAAAAAAUUGUUUCAAGCAGAGUCAUCUGAGUCAUUGUUUUCUUUAUCAAUAGAGUCCAGGAAGCAAUUUUCUGAAGUUGAAUCAGGUGAAAAGGAGGUGAAUAGUAGUCCGAUGCCAAUUCAUUGCGCGAAUCCAGAACUCGAGGAAAUUGGAUUGAGUAAAAAUGCUAGAGAUAGGAGUCAGUUUGUUCAUUCCGUCUUGAGUCCAGUUGAAAAUCUUAGUCAAUGGAAAGUGGUAAAAGCAAGAGCAACACCUCCAGUAUCAAAGUACCAAGAUAAGGAGAACAUCAGUUCGGUGCAAAAUCAUGAUGUUCCCACUAGUCCAGAGCCUAAUGUCAAGCUAUUAACUCACAGUGCAAAAUUGAAUUUUAAUAAUAAGAAGGUUGUGGAACAAGAAAUUGCAGUUGAUACCAGCCUCUCAAGCUGGUUGGUUGAAUCCGAAACCACCCCGAUGUCCAAGACUAGCUCUGUUUCUGUCGGGAAUUCGCCAUCUCAGAUUGUGAAUUCAUCAAGAAGUCAUGAAGACAAACCAGUUUUAGGAGCCUUGACAGUUGAGGAGCUCAAACAAUUAUCUGGAUCUACAACUCCACAGGAACCUGUAAUAGGGACUGUUGGGAGCUUCUGGAAACAUACAGGGAAAAUUAUAGAUUCAGACUCGGGCUCUUCUACUCAUGGAAUCCCAAAAACAAGAAGCAGAAAUAGUGAGGAUGAGAGAUUGAAGUUGCUAUCUACCCCCUUUGAAGCAAGAUUGGAGAAAGCUUUGGAAAUUGUACUACUGAUUCUUCAGCUUCCUCAUGCAACGCAAGGUGUUUCUGGAUUUUCUGAGGCCUCCAAAAGGGUGUUUUCUCAAUCACCUCCCCCCUCGCCUGUCCUCAAUGCUCCUCAACACUUUGAAAGCGGUCAAUUUACACCGCCAUCGCCGCCGCCGCCACACGUGUCUGGAGGGUCUCCUGAUUAUGAGGCCUCCAAAAGGAUGUUUUCUCAAUCACCUCCCCCCUCGCCUGUCCUCAAUGCUCCUCAACACUUUGAAAGUGCUCCAGUUACACCGCCGCCGACGCAUGUAUCUGGAGGGUCUCCUGAUUAUGUGAUUGCAAACGGCGCCGUUCCGUAA